AUGUCACCUCCUUCAACAGAUACUUCUUCACCAUCACCACCAACAGUUCCUUCUUCUUCAACAGAUACCAAACCUAGAUAUACAUAUACACCCUUUCCUCAAACAACUACAGUUCAUCCACUUCGACCAUAUUAUGUACCACCAAAUAACGAUCAUUAUUAUACACCUUUUGGAAAUUCUACUAAUACCAAAGAAGAACGUAAUCGAAACUUAGUUGAUGAAGAGUCUCAAUUAGCAAUUAAAGAUUUAAUUAGUUUUGGCUUUGUCAAAUUUAUUAGUUCAGCUAUUUCAAAUCCACUUGAAGUUGCGAAAACUUUAUUACAAAUUCAAUAUUUGCCUAAUGAAGACGUGGUACCUAUCGUUAGAGAAAAUAAGAAAGUGAUAGACUCGGAUGAAUCUGAUGAAGAUGGUGACGACGAUGAUAUUUUAAAUAAUCAAUCACGUAAAACAUUUGAUCCAAAUUCACCAACUUUUCGACAAUCCAAAACUUUGGAUAAUCAAGGAUAUAUUAGUACAGAUAUUUAUGAUGAAGCGACGCGUCCAAAAUAUAUGUUACCACCAUUAGAACUUGGAGUUAAGGAUACUAUAGUUAGAUUAUUUAAGCAUCCAACGGAAGGGUUUAAAUCUUUAUGGAAAGGACAAUUAACCAAUUGGAUUUAUGAAUUAUGUUAUAUUGGUCUUCAACCAUCCAUUGAAGGAACAUUAAAUGAUGCAUUUGAUUUAUAUGAUGAUACAAUUCCAAUAAUUUAUUUAGAUCGAGUGGCACCAAACAUUGCUACAAUGGUGACAAGUCAUGUUAUAACAGGAACACUUUUAAGUCCUUUAGAAGUAGCAAGAACGAGGUUAAUUGUUCAAACAUCGUCACCAAUUCAUAAAAAAUAUUCUGGACCAUUCGAUUGUUUAUUACAAAUGAUAAAAGAAGAAGGAUUUUCAUCAUUAUAUUGGUCACAUAAUCUUCUUCCAUCAAUUGUAUAUCAUACAAUUUGUCCAUUAUUAGAUUGCACGAUACCAUUAAUAAUUGAUCGUAUUUUUCAUAUUAAUCCAGCCGAUUCACCAUUUAUUUUUGGACUUGCGCAAUUUGGAUUAAAUACAUUACAAUUAAUGAUUACACUUCCAAUUGAAACGAUACGUCGAAGGUUACAUUGUCAAAUUCGAUCACGUACACCAAAUAAUGAUAAACCAUUUGAGACGAUAGUUCAAAUACGUAAAGCACCAUAUACGGGAAUGUUAGAUGCGGCAUAUAAAAUUAUUAUGGAAGAAGGAAUUAGUCAAACAUAUGUUCCUAAACAUGGAAAUCAAAGAAGAAGAUCAGAACGUCGACAAAAAAGUUGGUUAGAUAAUUAUGGUGUUGGAGGAUUAUAUCGAGGAUUUUAUUGGCAUUGUGUAGUUAAUUUUGUUCAAUUCUUGGUUCAAGUGACAAAUGGAGCUGAAGGUGGUUUCGAAGAUUUUUAA